GAUAGUACGGUGAAAGUGAGAUCGAUGUGUUGUAGUUGCGAUUAAGAUAACACACACACUGCUGCAAUUUGUUUAAUCGAGCUACUGUUGGUUGGCCGAGAUCUGAAUCUGAAUUGAGUUCUGAGACUGAAAUGAACAGUCGAGGUGGUACAGCAACAGGAUCUGACGCGGAGCCACUAUGGCCCAUAACCGUGGAAGUAGUGGGACUUCCGGGGUCUGAGAGACAAUCGAGGAAAGUGUCCGUGGAAGUCAAUGGACAUACCCAUGUUGGAAACUUGUGCGACAUGAUAUCACGCAAAGCAGAUCUACAAAUCGAUUGGAGCAACUAUGCGUUGUGGUGGCCGAAGAACAACGUUUGGCUCCUCAAUGGUAGCUUCACCCUGGACAACUGGGAAAUCGGAGCCAGAGAUGUGCUGGAAUAUGCACCCAAAGUGUACCCUGCGCAGAUUAUGUUACCAGACAUGCAAGUGUUCCGAUUUGAAGUGGACUUCUCGAAAAGGACAUUCGACGUAGUCAAGGACAUUUGUCGCAAACUAUUCAUCAGAAGAAGCGAGGAGUUGUCUCUGUACAGAUAUAGAGUGGCACAGACAGAGAAGGAGAGGAAACAGCAGGAUGAUGCCUCUCCCCUCCCCCUCAACUCCACGCUAUCCACCUUCCACAACUCAACUCCUCUCCAAUUCAACUGCCCCACCAUAGACGAGUUCAUACGCCAAAAGGGCGUGGUUCCUUUGGAGAAGACGCCAGUGCCACUCCCAGACAGUAGUCACUUAGCGUUGUUGCCUUGCACCCGAAAAGUAGUCGACAAAGUCAAAUACUCUUCAGGUUGGUUGACGUCGGCAAUAUCUCUCAUGCAGCAGGAGGUGCGCAGUGGAGAUCUGCUGAUGCUGCGCUUUAAGUACUCCACGAACUUAGACCUGGACCUGAGGAAAGACUCAGUGCGCAUCAACCAGCUCUAUGAACAGACCAGACUGGCCAUUCUCAAUGACGACAGCGAACUCACUGUGGAGGAGGCGGUUGUUCUGGCUGGGAUCAUGUAUCAAGUCGACUCACAGACAUCAGUGCCCCAAUUGAGUGAAAUGUCGACUGGACGAAAUGGUGCGCAGGGGGGAUCCAUGAAUGCAGGUGACAUGGGUGACGGAGGAGUACACGAGACAGAUAUUGAAUCAGAAUUGAAUGAUCUCCAGCUGGAGUUAGAGGGAGCUAAUAACAACAGUGCCUCUGCCACCAAACCCUCUUUGACAAGAGAACCCAUGUUGCAGAAUAUAGUGAAAGUCUCCAGAAAGAAGGACUCUAAGCUGGCGACUAUUGGCAAGUCCAAGUUGUUCUCCUGUACCCUGCACAGAUUCAAACUGACCAUCUUCGACAGGAGUGUGGAGGAAACAGGACCCACUCAAGAAAAAAUGCUCAAUCAGCUCAACGUCAAAGGCUGUGAGGUUGCUCAAAUAGGAGAGGGUUCCAAGUUCAAGUUGAAAUUAAACGUGGACACGGGGUCCGGCAUGGAGGAAUAUCAUCUAACCGUAGACGAUGUUAAUACCUACGCAAAAUGGUACGUGGCUCUCCAACUAGCAGGUCGAGGUCAUACAAUGGCAGACGGCAGCUUCGAAAGCCAACUGCGAGACACCAGAGAGAUGCUGCAGUACAGAUCGGGUGGUGGGGAUGCUUCCUCCGCUGCAGGCCUGUCGGCACCUUCCACCCCCAAGAGGAACGGCGUGGCGUCGAACGGAACGCCGAAGCAUGCGGACUCAUCAUUAUUGGAAACGAUUCAAGUAGAGUUGUAUCUCAGCCCCAGAUUUGCAAAGAAGUUCAAGAAAGAUGCGGCUUCCCAGGUGGUGAAGGGCAGUGGUCAGGUGGCAGGCAUGGGGUACAUAGAGGCGAAGAAGCAGCUGAUCUCCAGAUGGAAUGACGUCAAACUAUCCGACACACAGUUCUUCCUCUGCUCCGUCAGACGAGGCAUGAAGCCAGUGGAAAAAGGCAUCAUUGGAGUGUGUAGAGACAAGCUGAUUCAGAUGGACUUGAAGGGACAGGACAUAGUGCAGACGUACAGAUACUCCAGCAUGGCUACCUGGACAAUCAACUGGCACAAGAAUGAGUUGCUGAUUAAACUGUCAGACAUGGAGUUGUCUCUAGCCAGCGUGGAGUGCAAGAUCACCGUUCUACACGAGUACCUCGGAGGAUACCAAUUCAUGGCCACUAGGUCCCCAGACCAGACAGAUGUGGACGCGGAGAUGUUCUACAAACUGACUUACGGGAUGAAAUCAGAGGAGGAGAAGAUCGAGGAGCUGCAAAAGAGAGACAACAAACACGCAGGACUAAUAACGCACUCAGUGCCUGGAUUCUAGACUCACCAGGAACUGCACAGAAAGAUGCUCGCAUAAAAUUGAAAAGAAGAAAAAGAGAGUUUUUGAAAUUGAACAAUGAGUUACUAAGCUUCUAUCCACCAUACUGAGAAGUGCUGGAAAUCUGGCGAAUGAUGAGAUGCCUGAAUUCAAAGGCAUUGCUGGGAAUAAGAGAAAAGUUUAUUAUCAAUACUAUGGAUACCAGAGAUGAGAUAGCAUCAAAAAGCAAUGCACAAAAAGUAGAAAACCAGAACGAAGUAAAGACUAAGAAAAUAUUGACUAUUUGAGUAAAAGUGGAGAUAUAAUUCAAUCCCGCAUCACUAGUUUAGAACGACGCUAGCUCUCUGUAUUUUCACAAUUGUCUACCUGUGAUCUAAUAUUUGUUUCCUCUAUUAACUUUCUGUCCAAAAUUUUGAAAUCUCAUGGCUAGUUGACUAAAUUAAUUUGAAUCAAUAAAUUUCAAAGUUUUGUGAAAUUGCAAUUCCGUAGAAAAUCUCUGCGUAGCUUUUGUGCCACCUUUUAAAACUAACAGAUUUCUAGUCUUGUUCGGAAUGACUGAAAACUAACCUUUAUUUUGAAAAUUGUUGAUUGGAUCACGGUAUUUAGUUUAACUAUACAUCUUUAUGGGCUUGAUUGAUUCUAAUCAGCAAGCUUCUCUUUGUUUAUGUGCCAGUUCGAGAUUAUUGAUGUUGUCUUGCAUUUAAACCCUUAAACAUUCAACCUAGCGAAAGUAAUUACUGAAAGUUAAUUAAUUGCGAUUGAAAAAACUUGAAAUUUCCAAAGAUAAUGCGGAUUUUUGGGAGUGCAAUUGCUUUAGGUUAUAUUGAUAAUGAGUAGAUCGUCUUUUUGUUUAAAAAUAUUCAAAGGUAGUGUUGUUUUCUUUAUACUUGAAUGCACUGUAAAUUCUUAUUUUUACAAACGUUUUGAACAGAACCUAUUCACGCGUGAAUUAAAUAUUGAUCAUGUUACAUUUCAAAUUAAUUAAUUCUUUUCCUAGA